ACAACCAUACCCCUCUUCUUUCUCCCAUGCAUCAUUACUUACCUCUCUCUCUCUCUCUUUCUUCUUCUCCAACAUCAUCAUCUCUUACCUAUCUCCGUAUCCUAUUUCAAUUUGUCUCUCACAUUUCCAAAUAACAAGAUCACAUAUAUACAUCCAAAACUAUAUAGUAUUAUAUAAAGAUGUCUAGCAGGAGGUCACGGUCUAGGCAAACAACUAGUUCAAGGAAUAUCACCGACGAUCAGAUCCACGAUCUUGUCUCCAAGUUGCAGCAGCUUCUUCCUGAGAUUCGUAAUAGGACCUCUGACAAGGCUUCAGCUUCGAGGGUGUUGCAGGAGACAUGCAACUAUAUUAGAAAUUUGCACAGAGAGGUCGACGACCUUAGCGAACGUUUAUCUGAGCUACUGGCUACAACAGAUACAGCACAAGCAGCCAUCAUUAGAAAUUUACUUAUGCAAUAGAUUGAUUAUGUUUAAUCCUCGUCAAAAUUUUCCUAGUUAGUUAGCAGUACCAUGUGAGCUGGUGUAUUUCUUCCACGUUUUCCUUGUAUUUCCUAAUUCCGUUCACUCGAUGCAAGUCUUUUUAGUUUAAUUUGUUUUUUCAGUUUAAUUUAAUUAAUGAUUUUUUUUA